GAUGGUGAGGAUCUGAGAUGAUCAGGGUGAUUUGUGGAAGGGGAGGAUUGCGGGAGCUUAACGCAGAUGCCAAGAACAGAAUCCCAGCCUUUCCACCCAGCUCUGGGAUGGAAGUCUUGCUCCCAGCAGCUCCACGGAGGCUCCAGCACAGGAGCCUGCUCUGCCUGGUCGAUCUGUGGCCUGUGAUCCAGCUGGGGCCACAUCCUGCACCCAGCCCCGAGGUGUGGGUCUGGCUGUGGAGACCCUGAGGCUGCCACUGAUGGAGGCUGCUCUGCUCUUUCCAGGUCUGCUUUGUGUGUGGUGAGAGGGGGGCCACCAUCACCUGCCAGGAGAUGGGCUGCGACCGCAGGUUCCAUCUCCCCUGUGCCGUGGAGGGCGGAUGUGUCACUCGUUACCAGCUGCCGUACAGGUACCAUCUCUACCCUUAUCCCCAUCACCGGGGAAGGACCCAGCGCUUCUCAUCUCACCCAUCCCUUCCUUCUUCCCCUAGUUCCUUCUGCUGGGAGCACCGUCCACAGCAGCAAGAGCUGGCGGCUCCAGAGGACACCGAGUGCCUCAUCUGCAUGGACCCUGUUGAAGGCAGAACGACCUAUGGGACCAUGGUGUGCCCAGCCUGCAAACAUGCCUGGUUCCACAGGGCCUGCAUCCAGGUAGGAGCUGUUCCCUUGGUCCGGACACGGCAGGCUCUCAGCAGCAGCAGAGCCUCACUCACGCUCUUUCUGUUUCUCCUGCAGGGACAGGCUCUGCGUUCUGGCGCUUUUUGCUUGCAGUGCCCUGUGUGUCAAAAUAAGAGAGUGUUUCUAACAGAAAUGCUCCACGUGGGGAUCCGAAUCCCAGUGAGGUUGGUGUCCUCCUGGCCAGCACUGCGUCACACCUGGACCUGCCCCCGCAGUCAUGGCCCUCCGCUGACCCCCAACUCCAGGCUUUAGCUCCAUGCAGGAGUUGGAAACAGGGUGUGGGGGGAAGAGCGGGGAGGCCCUGCAUAUGCCUUACGCUGUGGCAGCAGGGGCUCAUCAAGUUUCCUUUCUCCAUCAGACAAGCGACAUGGGAAGAUGACAAUGCAUACAGAGAACUGUACCAGAGGCACGGGAGCUGCGAUGCCAGCGAGUGCCUUUGUCCAGGAGGCAGAGGGGUGGCAGAGCCAGACGGGUAAGUUGCCAAAGAUGCACCCCGGGGCUCGGCAUGGGAUCUCUGUCUCAGCAAAGGCUCGAAGCAGAAAGGCUGAGAACAAGAGCUCUGCUGGACAGUCCCGUGCUGUGGGCACUUGAUCCUUAGAGACAUGAACCAAUUUCUUUCCCCAGGCCUUGGCAGCUCUUUCUGUGCAGCUCCUGCGCUGCUGUGGGCACACACAGACACUGCUCCCAGCUGGAGAACAGCCAUGAGGCCGGAUGGGAGUGUGACAGCUGCGCUGGCCUGGGCACCCGUAAGUGUCAGAGCACCCGGGUGCUCCUGGACUGGGG